AUGGCCGCCCCACAGUUUUUGGACAGUGUGAUAACUUCCGACAGCUCAAGGAAACACCACACAUUAACAGGCACACUAAGGCUCCAGAGCAAAGUCUGGGACAAUCAGUUUUCAACCGCAGCAAAAAACGACAAUGAGCCAGCUCCCUCCAUAGAUGACACACUCUUUUUAGAGAUUAUGGACGAAAGUAUGUACAGAGACGAUGACAAUAGCUGGGUCGCCCCACUUCCUUUCAAAGAGCCUCGCCGGAAAAUGCCUAACAAUAGAGAGCUAGCAGUCAGACGUUUUUUGUCUCUCAAGCGGAGCAUGCAAAAGAAACCCCACAUGCAGCAGCAAUACGUGGAGUUUAUGGGAGGGAUUUUCUCCAGUGGUCACGCUGAGAUAGCACCCGCACUUAAGGAAGGAGAAGAAUGCUGGUAUCUCCCCACGUUUGGGGUCUACCACCCUCAAAAACCCAACAAGAUCAGGGUAGUUUUUGAUUCUAGUGCCCAAGAGGAUGGUGUCUCACUCAAUAGUGUACUCCUCACUGGCCCCGACUUAAACAAUAGUCUCAUUGGGGUACUCCUCCGCUUCCGUAAAGAAAGCAUUGCUGUCAUGGCCGACAUACAGCAAAUGUUUCACUGCUUCAUGGUGCGUGAGGAUCACCGGAACUAUCUUCGCUUUCUGUGGCACAAGGACAAUGACGUUGAAAAGGAGGUCAUUGACUAUAGAAUGAAGGUCCAUGUGUUUGGGAACUCUCCAUCUCCCGCUGUGGCUGUUUACGGACUGCGCAAGGCCAUUGAAGCUGGAGCGAAAGACUAUGGGGCUGACACUGUCAAGUUUGUGGAGAGACACUUCUACGUCGAUGAUGGACUGAUUUCUGUGCCUUCUCCAGCCGAAGCGAUCGACUUGCUCCAAAGAACGCAAGCUUCACUUGCUGAGUCCAAUCUGCGCCUGCAUAAGUUUGCUUCUAACUCCCCAGUAGUCAUGCAAGCCUUCUCUCCUGAAGAUUGCGCAGCAGUCCUGAAAGAUCUAGAUCUGAGUGUCUUCAAAGCCGGAGCAGUGGCACUAUGUGCGCACCGAGGAAAACCCAGCGGAUCACGCAUCACGCUCGCUCACAGCAUCUCAACUACAAAAACAACUUGGUUCACCGGACCCUCCUUCAUCCGUCGUUCAACCCCAGAGACAAAAAAUGAAAACGACAAGUUUGAGUUAGUUGAGUCUGACAAAGACUGUGAAAUCAGGCCACAAGUGAGAACUUGUGCCACUCACCUUCAAGUAGUCUCCUGUAAGCGCUUUGAGCGCUUCUCCACCUUCAAGUCUUUGGUCCGUGCAGUCGCCUUCCUCAUUCACAUGGCAAAAUCUUUCAACGGCUCCAAUUCAAACCAUGGAUGCAAAGGGUGGCACAUAUGUCAGCUUCCUCGUACACCAGAUGAAAUGGAUCAAGCAAAACGUGUCAUCCUCCAACAAGUGCAACAGGUCACCUUCGCAAAGGAGCUGUCUGCCCUUAACGUUGGCAAAUCCAUCGCCAAACAAAGUCCUUUGCAAAAGCUCAGCCCAGUCCUGGACAACGGCAUCAUUUCAGUUGGAGGUCGACUCAAACACUCAGAGCUCGAGAACUCUGAAAAAAAACCGAUAAUUCUCCCAAAAGACAGUCAUGUCUCUGUCCUGCUCACUCGCCACUACCAUGAACAGGUCAAGCACCAGGGUCGUCACCUAACAGAAGGUGCGAUAAGGGCUGGAGGUCUGUGGAUAGUCGGUGGAAAGAGACUAGUUAAUUCAGUUAUCCACAAGUGUGUUAUCUGUCGCAAACUGCGGGGAAAGCAGGAAGAGCAACUCAUGGCAGAUCUUCCCCCGGAACGAUUGAAAACAUGUCCUUCCUUCAGCUACGUCGGCCUUGAUGUUUUCGGGCCUUGGACAGUAACCACCAGACGUACCAGAGGUGGACAUGCACAAAGUAAGCGUUGGGCUAUCCUUUUUACCUGCAUGAGCUCAAGAGCCGUGCACAUUGAGGUAAUUGAGUCCUUAGACACCAGCAGUUGUGUAAAUGCCCUGAGACGCUUCUUUGCCCUGAGAGGCCCUGCCAAAAAACUUAUAUCGGAUCGUGGCACUAAUUUCAUUGGGGCUUCCAAGGAGUUAGGAAUGGACAAAGCUCUGCAAUUAUACCUGAAUGACCAAGGUUGCAGUUGGGAAUUCAACCCGCCUCAUGCGUCCCACAUGGGAGGCUCCUGGGAGCGCAUGAUCGGCAUUGCACGGAGAAUAUUGGAUUCAAUGCUGCUUCAAAGUAAGGUGCAACUCACUCACGACGUAUUGUGCACACUUAUGGCUGAAGUGUCUGCAAUUAUAAAUGCCAGGCCACUCCUUCCAGUUUCGUCUGAUCCAGACAAUCCCUUCAUUCUCUCACCCUCUAUGCUGCUAACCCAGAAAUCGUGCCUUAUACCUCCUCCUGGAGAUUUCUUGGACAAGGACCUUUACACCAAGCAGUGGAGACAAGUUCAGGCUCUUGCAAACCAGUUCUGGACACGCUGGAGGCGAGAGUACCUGCCUUUAUUGCAGAAGAGACAGAAAUGGACUAUAUCUUGUCGAAACCUGCAAGUUGGUGACAUUGUUUUGCUCAAGGACAAGCAGGUUCCACGGAACAGCUGGCUCAUGAGUAGAGUCACGGCAACUUUCCCUGGGAAGGACAAUCGAGUAAGGAAGGUCGAGGUCACAGUAAAUGACCAAAGCACUCGAAAGACCUUUUUGCGACCAGUUACUGAAGUCAUUCUUCUUUUGCCAAAGGACUGAUUCCUGCUAAGUUUUGUUGUUGAUAGUGACCUCACAGAGGUCAGGCGGGGAAUGUGUUGCCCUUAAGGCAGUUAAUAAUUUAAUAAAUAUGUUAAAUGGUUUAAAAUGUUUAAAUUAAGCAUUUCUAAGAGUUUCUUAUAAGUAUUUCAUGUGUAUUUGUAAGUUUUAUUUAAAAAAUAUUAGCGGACAUUUUGAUUCCGCUCGGCCGCGUUAACUUCCGGUUCGGCCGCGAUAACUUCCGGUUUCGGUUUCAUGGUAAUCAGAGCAGGCGAAAUCCAGCAUGGUACGGUCAGCAAUCUGUCGCCAUUCUCACUAAAGCACUGUCAAGGCAAUGCCUUUUCACCAUCUGGAGAAGAAAUUAAAAUGCAAAAACGUC